CAUUACAAAUGUUGUAUGUUAUCUCACGGGGCGUGUUUGUUUUCACUGUUGUAAGUUUUUCUAUGAAAGGCGGUACCCAUCUAUUGACAGGUGCUCCCAACGUCAGAAAACUGAUUACCGUUGCCAUGACGACAACGUCUUAACCAAUCGAUCGAAGCAGUUCUAUGUCAAUCAAUGACACUUCGCGCUUUAGCGAGGCGCGGGAAUUGCCCACCCACAAUGGUUCUCUAGUAGAUCUUUGAGCUAUUCCCACGUGCAGGAGUUCUCUUUUACUGUGUAGUGUAGUUAGCAGUAGUAUACAUUUAGACAACAUGAAGAUGGACCCUACAAAUCCUCAAUCCCCAACAAAUGGUUCUCUGGACGGAGAUGUCCCAAAUGACCCAGGGAAAAUGUUUAUUGGAGGACUUAGUUGGCAAACUACAGUGGAAUCAUUGAAAGACCAUUUUGGUCGUUUUGGUGAAAUUAAAGAAGCAAUGGUCAUGAAAGACCCAACAACUAAACGAUCUCGGGGAUUUGGGUUUGUCACAUAUAAAGACCCAGCUAGUGUAGACACAUGCUUAGAGAAUGGACCUCAUAUAUUGGACAGUAAAACGGUCGAUCCAAAAGUUGCAUUUCCAAGAAAGGCCCAACCAAAGCUAACUGAUCUUGUACAAACAGUAGAGGCUGAAGUUUUAUCAGAAGCAAACCAGAGCAAAAAGAGAAAGAUGGUGACCAGGACAAAGAAGAUCUUCGUGGGAGGACUGUCUGCUGCCACAACAGUUGAAGACGUUAAAAACUACUUCUCACAGUAUGGAAAGAUUGAAGAUGCCAUGCUUAUGUUUGACAAGACAACAAAUCGCCACAGAGGAUUUGGAUUUGUGACCUUUGAGAAUGAGGAUGUGGUGGACAAAGUGUGUGAAAUUCAUUUCCAUGAGAUCAACAAGAAAAUGGUUGAGUGUAAGAAAGCACAGCCAAAGGAAGUAAUGCUACCCAACACCCUGGCGCGUGGGCGUGGGCCGCUGACCAGGGGGGCAUAUGUGACGGAGGAUGGCGAAAUCGUCUUGGGGGAAAUUCCACAAGAAUUAAUUAUGCCGGAACUGUGCUAUCUCCCAACAGGACUGCCAAGCUACCCCUAUGGUCGCGGAUUCCCCACGCUGGCCCCAGCAGGCUAUUAUUAUCCAGGCUUGAAUGGAAUCACUUCUUCAUCUAUGGCUGCACGGUCAGCUUCGGCUGUCGUAGCUUGCAGUGCCGGGGUUGGUGGGGCAACACACGGUGUUUUGGGCAUAACAGGAAGUCCAAGCUUCCCUGGUUACCCCGCUGGUUUAAUACAAACCCCCACUGCUACCCCCGGUGAGCGACAGGUCUCUCCUGCCAUAUAUGCAGAUAUUGGCGCUACCACUAGCCCCCUGGCCGCCAACGCCCUACAAAUACAGCGCAGUGAGCCCUCCCCACUGCCAGUGAGUAACUCACCCCUGGCCAGGGUGGGAGAGCAACUUCUCACAGCACAAAGAACAGCUAUGAUCAAUAGCCUUGGACAUCAGGCUUUCCCCACCGCUACCUCGCCCAGCACCCGCUCCGUGCCCUUGACAACCAGCCCAGGACCCGUGGAUACCUUCAUUGCCCAGGAUGGGCUGGGAUAUAUCCAGGCCACUAGCCCACAGCCCACUGGCUUCGCUCUCAAUACUGCAUAUGGUUUACAUGACGGCCUAGGAUACGUUGAUGCCACUAGUUCAAAUAGAUACAUUCACGAUGUGUUAAGUAAGGCGCAACUGAUACCACAAGGUUUUCAGAAUGGUUACCACUAGAUACCACAGAGAAGAAAAUAUGCAAAGUCAUCUGCACACAUCGGACGCAUACUGAAUGCAGCAAAUGUAAUCUCAUUGCUGCUCGGUAAAAUGUAAUUUUGAAGGGAAUUUGCGUGAAAGGAUUUCUGAAUCUACGAUUUUUAAACUAUAACUUGAAGGAAUGGCACAUGUAUAUGUGAUCAAUCUUUUUUUUUCUUCUCAUUUUGAUCAAUUUAUUGGCUUUUAUCAACUUUUAUGUUAUAAUAUGUGUAUGUAUAUAUAUAUAUAUAUAUACUGAUGUAAAAAUGUUUUAUUAUUUUGUUUUAUUAUUAACUUCUCUCAUUUUAAUAUGUUCAUUUAUCUCAUGUAUGAUUCAUGUGAAGGUCAGGUGAAAAUUGUGAAAUAUUUGAAGCAUUUAUUCGACAGUAGUAUUUAUUGCUAGAAUUAAAUGUUUUUGUAUGGACUAUUUUCAUCUCAUAAGGUCACAUUUGACCAGUGAAAAUAAGAAAAUUUCAUUUAUUUCAUGAACAUUUUAAGUUUACUUAUGAGUUGUGUACCGAGACUUAAUUUUGUUUGGAGAAACCGAAUAUAUGAAUUUAGAUUGUAGUUAGCAUGUUUACUUUUAAGUUUUGACAAACUUUAUAGCAAUAAUGGAAAAAAAAAUCACAAUUGAAAUAUUUUUAGAAUUUUUGUUUUCCUUAAGUAUUUUACAUUCAUGUUAUUUAAAGAGUUAUGACUGCAAAUACCUGGCCAAAGAUACGAAUGGUUAUGAUACGCUCGGCCCAUGUGAUAUUAGUGUUAAUUAUCCAAAGCAAAUAACUAUCAGCAAUAAGGACUAUGUUAAUUUAGGUGAUUCAUACUGUUAUAUGCCACAGCAUGUGAUAUUGCAGCAGAUCUGAACGUAGAUUUAGGCACAGUUGUAGAGUGGGUAUUGUUUAUUUAUUUGCUCUGUAUCCCCUUUUUUACAUGAAAAAAAAACUGUCCCACUUUGUUCUUGUGAAAAUUCAAGGGUUGUGUUCAGUUUACAUUGCAGAUUUUUUUUUUAUGACAGAAUGUGUUUAUUUUUUCGUGGAAGCUCUUCUAGUCACUCUCUCUGUUCAGACUAGACCAGAUUUAAUGUUCUACGACUGCAAAAAUUUUAACCUGUGUGAAAACCAAUGUAGAAAACUAAACACUUAUGUUCAAAUGGUUGUAACGUCCCAUUCAAAUGUUCUCUUUCUCAUUGUAAUGUUACUGAAUAUUUCUCUAUGUUGUAAGGACCACGGGGAAAUGUGACCUGAAUUCUGGGUAUGCAUUAGUGUAGAUUGCUUUUUUUCUGUCUAGAAUCGGGUGUUCACUUAAACAGUAGUUUUGUCACAAUUCUGAUUUAUAUACUGUAGAUAAGUAGUUUUUAUGAAAGAGUAUACGUGCUAAAAUUUUACGCAAGUUUUUAUUAUUAUAUUAAUUCAUUGUUGGAUUUUUUUAUUUGAAUACUAAAGGUUGUUAUACAGGGGACUAAACCGUUUUUAUUCUUAAAUGUUGUGUGACCCGGGGAACAGCGGUCCACAAAGUGGAACUGUCGUUGGAGCGGCGGAAUUGAUUUAUCCAGCUUAAGCUAAAAAUAAAAUAUGCCUACACUAAACUAAUGUUUCAUCUAUCAAAAAAUUGUGUAAUAUUAUAUAUUUGGCCUUUUUGAGAAAAAAAGAUACAUCAGCACCGAAUUAGCAUCAGCGACAUUUCUACUAGGGAGUUACUUGUUUGUACAGUUUAUGUGACAUAUACAUCGUAUUGUUGAUCAACUUAAUUUACCAAAAAAACCUCGUUCUAAAAUUUUAUCAUUUUAUAUAUAUACUAAUAUCUAAAGCCUGCUUUCUUUACCCAGGCAUGGGAACAUUUUUGUUUUAUUAAGACAUGUUAACUGGAUCUUGUGAUGAAAUUGUACAAUUUUACCACUGUACAUCUGAAGCUUUGGGCAUUUUUCUACAUGUUCUGUAUAUAUCAAAUUUUUUAUCUUUCAUAAAUUUUCUGGGUAAAGAAGGUAGAGUUUUUGAUUUUUGCAUUCAUUAUACACAUUAUAUUUGUGGUAGUGUAGUGGAUUUAUAAUAGUAGUGUAGUUUUCAUCACCAAUGCUUUUGGGCAGGGUAUCAUCUGUGUAUAUUAUGUAAGUUAUCAUGUGUAUGAUGAACAUUAACCUAUAUAUAUAAAUAUAUAUAUAUAUAUAUUCAUUAUAUUGACACUUUAUAGUGGACAAAGAUGAUUUUCUCACAUUUGAGAGUAUUGUCUUUUUAGACACAGGUGUUUAAAAAGACUGAAAAUGAUGCUGGUAGACGUUAGUUGUAUGACUGGGUUUUCCCAGGUAUCGGAUGGCUAUGAAUAGUACUUGGCAGAAGACUGGCCUCAUUUCCAAUCUUUGUCUCUGUGAUAAUGAUUUUGUAUAUAACUCAUUUUUGUCUGACUUUUGGUUGCCAUGAAGAGGGUGAUCCAGAUAUUUGAUUUUUUUCGUUAUCUCGACAAAGAGUUAAGUUACCACAAUAUGAAGUUGUCCUCUCAAAUUAAGUAUUGUCAUGGUAACAGGACAGACAUUUAUGAUUUCAAAUAAUUCAUUUAUAUUAACCAAGAAUAAUUAUGCCUUAGUGCUAAUUGUCAGAAAACUUGUAUACCAACUUUUAUCAGGGUCCAAAAAUGUCUCAGAAUCACAAGUCAUUAUUUGUGAGGUUUCAAUGUAGAAAGUCAAACAGAGUUUAUGUAUAAAUGCUGUUAAUGUUUUUUUCUCUCUCUCACCUGAAUAUACUAUUGAAGUUAUAUCUUAAAUGAAAAUCUGUACAUAUGGUCAUAUUUAAUUUUCAUUAUCAGUAGUUUGAACAUAGAGUGCUCGUUGCUAAGGAACACCUCAAGGUAUACUGUCACUUUUGGCAUUCAGUCUGAAAAUAGAAUUUGACAAGCUGGUGACAAAGAUUGAAAAGAGUGACUCUCUGCCCUUUGAAAUUUAGCAAACGGAAAAAUGAACCUUGUGUUUGUGUUACUUAGCAUAGAGAUUUAGAGACUGAAAUCAUUCGUCGGCAGGUUCAAUCAACGUGGAGUUCAAAACUGUCAAAAAGUUUACUACAGCAUGGAUGAAUGGUUUAGACAAAAACAUUCCCUAAAAUGGGUUACAGGUCACGUGACAACUAUUGCAUGUCGUCUCUGCUCUUGAAGUGAUGGGGUAAUACGAAGACUAUAUUGAUACUGAUUUUUUUUCAAAUCAACUUCUUAUUUCAAAGUCCUGGUCUGUUGCCCACUCUCUAGCUGUCACAAAUUUCUGAGUUGAGACUACACUGUAUACUUAAUUUUGCCAGGAUAGAAGUAAUUGUUGUUUGAAGAAUUUUUUUUAUCAAGAUGGGACUUUCGAACUAAAAUCUCAGGGACAUAUCUGCUAAGACUGUAAUAAGUAUAGAUACAUGUGUAAAGACUAUUUAAUGGUAGAUUUAGUAGCCUAGGAUCACAAGUUUCCAAGUUGCAGCUACUUUCCGUGCCAUGGAAUCACUUUUAUACAGCACUGUCUCAAUGCACACAAGGCAUUUAAGGGCCCUUUUUAAACUUGUGGUUCAUGUCUAAUGUUACUGUCGUUGUUUUGGGGGACAUCUCAAAAUUAGUAAAGAGAAUUCCCACCUUCUUGACCUGCCUUGAGGUGCUAAGUCUAGUGCAAUAGUUGGUGUUUAAAUAAAUUUUGGCAUCAUUUCCAUAGCACUUGGGGAUGCAUGUUAAUGCUUUAUGUAACAAGUUCUUGUAUGUGGGGAAUAUAUAUGUGUGACCUUUAUGGGUAUUUAGUGUAGAACAAAUAAUAUAGACUAGGACAAAAUCUGUAAUACAUAUACAUUAUUUAUGAUGUGUUUUAAUAUAUUUUAUGAAAUCGAAAACCACUCUUCAGGGGUUGAGGCGACAAAUAAAAUUAAAAUCCGAUCUGCUUUCCCCUAGUGACCUUGCUUUAGCACCCUUAGGAUAUUUUUAUGUCAUGUUCAGAUAUUAAAUGCAGUGAAAUUUGGUGCAUUGUUACGUGAUCUGCAACCCAGUUUUGCAUAGAGUAGACUAACUUAGAUUAGUUUAUUUAUUUGACUGAAGUGGCGACUUUACAAAGGGUAUAUUCAAACCAUUAUGGCAAAGUAAUGAAAAGCAAAUAUGUGCCAAAGAAUAGUUCUAUGUGACAAAGUCCGUACUUUCCUAAAGUAGGUGAUUUUGUGAUUUCAGUCUGUUAAAUUCAAGAUUUUUGUUUUGAAGUCAUUCAAGUUGAUAUUUGGAUUUUUAUAUGUGUAAGAAUCUUUUGACUUGACUGUGGACACUGAAAUUUAACCUUGGGAAAUUAUUUUCUUUGUUAGCACACAUAACUUUCACCAACUGAUAAACUGAUUUUCUCUUAUUUCACCCAAGGUAUAAUGUCUUGACCUUUGUAUAGUGUAUUUGUGAAAAAAAAAAGUCAACUGAAAUAAAACGGUAUAUUCAGAA